AGUAAAGUCUCCACCCACCAGCCUGGAGUCAGAAGCUCCCCAGACCCCAGCAAUGCUGGUCAUGGGGCCCCCAAUACUGCUCCUGCUGCUGCUUGUGAGGCCUCUGGCCCCGACAGAGUCACGGGCUGGCUCCCACUCUCUGAGGCUUUUAGAAAUGGUGAUGUCCCAGCCAGGCUUCGGGGAGCCCUGGUACCUCGCCGUGGGCUACGUGGACGACACGCAGUUCAUGCGGUUCGACAGCGACUCUCCGGAUCAGAGGGUGGAGGUGCUGGCGCCCUGGGCGGGGCAGGUGGGGCAGGAGGAUCAGGACGAGGAGACGCGGAACCGAAGACACUCGGCGCAGAGGCUCCAAGCGCUCCUGGAGGACCUGCGAGGCCGCCGCAGCCAGAGCCACAACGGGUCUCACACGAUCCAGAGGACUCUGGGCUGCGACGCGGGGCCCGACGGGCGCCUCCUCCGCGAGUACGAUCAAUCCGCCUACGACGGCGCCGAUUACAUCGCCCGGCGGGACCUGCGCGCCUGGACCGCGGCGGACACGGCGCCUCAGAUCACCCGGCGCGAGGGGGAGGAGGAAGGUCGGGCAGAGCAGGACAGGAGCAGCCUGGAGGGCAGGUGCAUGGAGUGGCUCCCAAGACUCCUGGACAUGGGGAAGGAGGCGCUGCAGCUCAGAGGCCCCCAAAGGGCAUUUGUGACCAACCACGCCAUCUCUGAGCAUGAGGUCACCCUGAAGUGCUGGGCCCUGGGCUUCUACCCUGCGGACAUCACCCUGACCUGGCAGCGAGAUGGGGAGAACCUGACCCAGGCCAUUGAGCUGGUGGAGACCAGGCCUGGGGGGGAUGGAAACUUCCAGAAGUGGGCGGCUGUGGUGGUGUCUGCUGGAGACCAGAAGACAUACAAGUGUCAUGUGCAGCAUGGAGGGCUGCUAGAACCCCGAGUCCUGAAUUGGGGUGGACAAGGAGGAAGCUGCAUUCAGGCUGCAGCCUUGUGCUGGCCUGAGUGUUACAGGAUGUAUUUUUGCCCACAUUUUAUGGAUCCCCUGGUUUAAACUACUUCACACCUGCGAGAAUGGCCCGUAUCCAGAAGACU